AUGUCAGACAUCCGGGAGAAGGAGGAAAGCAUCCUCCAAGACCCAGCGAAGACUCCAGAUGUGGAGACCGAGGCCACUGGUGAGGAUUCCGACGAGUCAAAGUACCCGAAAGGCCUGAAACUCGCGGUCAUCAUCCUCUCCAACAUGAUCGCCAUGUUCCUCGUCGCCUUGGAUCGAACGAUCAUCACCACUGCAAUCCCUCGCAUCACAGACGACUUUCGUUCUCUCAACGACGUCAGUUGGUACGCGAGUGCCUAUCUGAUCACAAGUUGCGCAACUCAACUCCUCUGGGGCCGAAUCUUCACCUUCUACUCGACGAAGGCAGUUUACCUCGCUGCUAUUUUCCUUUUUGAAGUUGGCUCCCUUAUUUGUGGUGCUGCUCCAAACUCAGUCGCUUUCAUUCUCGGUCGCGCCAUCGCCGGCAUGGGCUCGGCCGGCAUAUAUUCAGGUUCGACUAUUUUGAUCACGAGCGUCACUCCGCUAUCCAAACGUGCUGGCUACGUCGGCAUGAUGGGUGCCGUCUUUGGCAUUGCAUCGGUCAUCGCACCUUUGAUCGGUGGCGCAUUUACUGAUCGCGCAACUUGGAGGUGGUGCUUUUAUAUCAAUCUUCCUGUCGGUGGAGUUGCGGUCGUCGCCCUUAUUGUGCUAUUUCCACAACUGGGCCAGAAGAAAUCCACACCGAUCAAACAACAAAUCAAACAACUCGACCCAUUGGGCAGUCUUGUAUUUCUGCCAGGUGUCAUUUGCCUCAUUUUGGCUUUACAAUGGGGUGGUGAGAAAUACUCUUGGAGUAAUGGUCGAAUUAUCGCCCUCCUUGUUCUGUCUGGCGUUCUGCUCAUUGCCUUCGUCGGCAUCCAGAUUUGGCAACGCGAAAAUGCCACAGUUCCUCCGCGACUCUUCAAAGUCCGCAACGUUUGGCUGGGCACCAUUUUUGCGUUCUGCCUGGGCGCCGUUCUCAUCGUCUUCUUGGUAGCCCUACCGAUAUGGUUCCAGGGUAUCAAAGGCACUGAUGCUGUCACGUCCGGAAUCAAUAUCCUUCCUCUGGUCCUCUCCCUCGUGGUGGGAGCCAUCGUAUCUGGCGGCAUGAUCAACGGAGUCGGCUGGUUCAACCCAGUCUUCUUUUCAUCCGUAGUGUUCAUGUCAGUCGGAGCGGGGCUCAUUUCUACCUUUGGUGUUGACACGCCUACCCACACUUGGAUCGGAUACCAAAUCAUCCUUGGCCUCGGGAUCGGCCAAGGCAUGCAACUCGCAAGCUUGGGGGCACAAGCCUCAUUGGAACAGAUCGAUGUUCCAACCGGCGUCUCCCUCAUGUUCUUUGCUCAAUCGCUUGGCGGCGCAGUGCUCGUGUGCGUCGGACAGGCUGCAUUUAACGACUCUCUGCGCUCCCGACUCAGCAAUUUUGAUGGCCUCGAUGUCGUCCACAUUAUUGGUCAAGGAGUCACAGGGCUGAGGAUGGUAGUUCCUGCCGAUCUUCUGCAGUCUGUUCUGACUCAGUACAAUGCGGCACUACGAAGCUACUUCUAUGUCGGGCUGGCAGCUGCUUGCUUUGCCAUCGUGCCGUCUGUGUGCAUGGAAUGGAAGAGUCUGAAGGGCAAGAAGAUGCAUUAG